UGCAUAUAUUAGCAGGGCUACUUAACACACACGUGAUGUGGUCAUCGUUGUGACAUCAUUAUCCUGGUGGCACUUAUCAAGUAAGUUUAUGAGUAUCCGGUAUUUCCCCGCAUAUUGUGGUAGAGAUUGCACGAGAAUACCCACCGUGCAACUGGAUCUUGAACCCCGUUAUCUCCUGCUGAUUUCCGAAUAGUGAAUAGGCUACUUGGAGUCUUGUUGUGGACGAGGUAGCAACUUUUGUAAGGGUCCCCACCCCAAAAAAAUGUCUGCAGACAUUUCGUGGGGCUUUUCUCGCUUGUCUCACCUGCCAUUUCCGUUUUUAUUUUCUUGGAAAGGUAUGCACCGCGUAACGUUGUAUGCAAGAACUAGGCGCAAAGUAGGUGGCUACCCCACCUGCCUACAGGUGUUCCAGACUGACUGGUUGCUAAACAGAUGUAUAAAAGGCAAGAAAAUUCCAAUCUUCGUACAGAAUCUAUUCCAGCAACAAUGAGUGCACCCAACAAUCACGGAAUAGGCGAUGCCACAGCUCCAGCCCUGGCUCCUCCAGCUGCCGAGCUCAACCCACAACUUAGAGAAGAUGGAUUAUUCGAACAUUCUUCUUCCGCUUCCUCGCUCGCCGAGAAGAAGCCAAAAGAUCCUUCCGACUUGGAGUCUAGCCACUCUCAUCUGGCUGAAGCCGGCCAAGGGGAGCGUGGUAAUAUUUUGGCGCAAUACUCGGAAAAACAGGUGAUGCAGAUGGGUAGAAACUAUGCUUCCAAGCAUGGAUUGGACGCUGAUUUGUUUGCUCGUGCUGCUGGACUUGCUAGAACUCCCCUGGAGUUCAACUCGAUGCCUUUCUUGACGGAAGAAGAGAAGAUUGACUUGAAUUUGGAAGCCACCAAGAGAUGGCACAUUCCAAGCAAAUUGAUCGCUGUUAUCGCAUUAGGCUCAAUGGCUGCAGCUGUGCAAGGUAUGGAUGAAUCUGUUAUCAACGGUGCUACCUUGUUUUAUCCGCGUGCCUUUGGUCUCGAAAAUAAAGAUAAAUGGACCAAGCGGGAACGUAAUUUGAUUGAAGGGUUGGUCAAUGGUGCGCCAUAUCUUUGCUGCUCAGUUAUCGCAUGUUGGACCAGUGACCUUUGGAACAGGCACUUGGGUCGUAAAUGGACCAUUUUCUGGACUUGUUUCAUCUCUGCUGUCACUUGUAUCUGGUCUGGGUUUGUCAACAACUGGUGGCAUUUAUUCAUUGCCAGAUUCUUCCUUGGAUUCGGUAUUGGUGUGAAGUCUGCUACAGUUCCAGCAUACGCUGCUGAAUGUACUCCUCCACACAUAAGAGGUUCAUUGGUCAUGUUGUGGCAAUUUUUCACUGCGGUGGGAAUUAUGUUUGGCUAUGUUGCUUGUUUAGCAUUUUACUAUGUGCCAAAGAAGAGUUUUGGGACGGGUUUGAAUUGGAGAUUAAUGUUAGGGUCUGCAUGUAUCCCAGCAAUUAUUGUCUUGUUCCAAGUUCCAUUUGUUCCAGAAUCUCCAAGAUGGCUAAUGGCCAAGGGAAGACAUCUAGAAGCCUUCGAAUCAUUGUGUUUGUUGCGUAAGUCAAGAAUGAGCGCUGCGAGAGAUGCCUUCUACCAAUACGUUUUGUUACAAGAAGAAAGUUCCUAUGAUGCUCCUACUUGGAAGAGAAUGAUUGAAAUGUUUACAGUCAGAAGAAAUAGAAACGGUGCUCUUGGUGCUUGGAUUGUCAUGUUCAUGCAGCAGUUCUGUGGUAUCAAUGUGAUUGCAUACUACUCUUCUUCUAUUUUCAUUGAAUCCGGAUUCACCGAAAUCUCAGCAUUACUUGCUUCCUGGGGAUUUGGAAUGAUUAACUUCACGUUUGCCAUUCCAGCUUUCCUCACCAUCGACAAAUACGGUAGAAGGUUUUUGUUAUUGACUACAUUUCCACUCAUGGCUAUUUUCUUAUUAAUUGCUGGAUUCGGUUUCUUGAUCAACCAACAUGCUGACCCGAAGGGAAGGUUGGGUAUGAUUGUGUUCGGAAUCUACGUUUUCUCGUGUAUCUACUCGUCAGGUGAAGGACCAGUUCCUUUUACUUAUUCAGCUGAGGCUUUCCCAUUAUACAUCAGAGAUUUGGGUAUGUCUUUUGCAACGGCUACAUGUUGGUUUUUCAAUUUCAUCUUGGCCUUUUCGUGGCCCGAGAUGAUGCAAGCAUUUACCCCCACCGGUGCUUUCGGUUGGUAUGCUGCGUGGAACGUUAUUGGCUUCUUCAUGGUGUUAUGGUUCUUACCAGAGACUAAAGGUCUCACUUUGGAAGAAUUAGACGAUGUCUUCUCCAUUCCUGCUAUGACGCAUGCUAGGUAUCAAACUGUCGAGUUGUGGCAUGAUAUCCAGAGAGUUGUGUUCCGUCGUAAGAUCCCAAAGCAACCACCAUUACACCAACACCAUAGAAUGGCAAUCACGAACCCUGAGUGGAAUGAGAAGACCGAAGUCUCUCAUAUCGAAUAAAUAUGUUUACUUCAUCCCAUCACUGUGUGGUGGUAGAUCAACUGGUUGAUAACUAGCUUUAAUUAAAUUCAAUGUAUACUUCUAAUCAUACGAAAUUGUAACUAUAUUGGAAGAUGAACCAGUAAGUGUCUGCUGAAUAAGAUUGCUGUCUGAGUGAACAAUGUAAGGUGUGUGACAUUUGACAGUGACACUAUGCCCCGC